UAAAAGUGAAUCUGCCUCAGUAUUUUAUUGCGAAAUGUGUCUCUGUUAUUACGAAAGCCUUGAUGAUUUCAGGACGCAUCUCUCAACUGAAGAACAUACACAACAAGAGGGUUAUAUUAAUGGGUAUUUUCAAUCUAGGGAGAAGGUUCAUUCGGCCGAGUACGAUCCAGAGGGUUGGCUAGAGGUAUGCGAGAUGAGACGUAAGGUGAAGAAGGAAACUAAGUCAUUCGAGUACGAUCGAGGGCAUUGGCUCCGACAGGCAAAACGUAGGAGGAAAGCAUUCCGGACGAUUUUUCCUCUUCGUUUACGUCUUACUAAUCGUGGGCGUAGACCUCGACGAAAAUCUCCAACCUGCAAGAAAGAGUAAUGUAUUUAUAAAUAUAUGUUAGUAAU